ACUUGAACGCAUUUACAACACAAAUAGGUGCGAGGCAAGUGUCAGCUGAGAGGGAUGAGUAAACCGGCCAUUACUCCUAUAUUGUGGCGUAUCCUGUUCUUGUAAACAUAUUUAGGAGUAAAGAAGGUUUAAAAUACACCGCGAAUAUGGCUGGGAAGGAGAAAUAUACUGCUGUUCAGCUGUUAAUAACAGGAGUAGUGUUUGUCGCCAUUUUGAGAGGGAGUUUCGCUGAACUGCUGUCGGCCGAAGACUGUACCAUAAAUCUAGUCGCCCAGUGCACCACUCCAUACAACAGAAACAAUGACCCGUGUCAGUACAGAGACUGUGUGGCUGACCUGCUGACGAAGUGCAGCCAGCACGAGUACGUACGACUCGAAAUGAACCAAGUCUGGAACACCAUGGAGAGAAAAUGCUUCGAGGCGACAGGUCUGACGUCAGCAAGGACGACUACGGUACCGACGACGACCUCCACGACAAGGUCGACCUCUACCGUCAGCACCACUGUCACCAGUAGCACCACUGUCGGCGACGUGAAUGGUGCUACGUCGGUGACGUCUUUGGCGUUUUUCCCUUGUAUCCUACUGGCGUGCCUGUCUACGAUUCUCACUUAGUUUACUCAAGCGAACUUACGUUAAGUUUUUUUUCUUGCUCUUUUGGCAAGAUUGUUAUGUAGAUAUAUCAUAUACCAGUACAAUAUAUAGUAAAAUAUAUGGGCAGUUACUGGAAAGUUUACUGCACGGGCCAAACCUUGCUUCUGUUGCGAACAAAAUUAAGCAUUACUCGUAUACAGUGUAUUUCGUAUGAUUUUUUUUUUCUCAGAUUGAAAAUCGGUCUAGUCGAAAGUGCUUUGAUUGAUCAAAUGUGCAAUUUACUUGGUGCUGUGAAGUAAAGGGAGCACUGCCGUAUUAUAAAAGUAUACAUAUGGGAUAUGGUUAUUAUUUAUAAUCCAAACUAUCGUUUACAGUAGUUGUACCGCUUUGUCAUCAUUAAUGCACGGGUAUAGCAGUGUAAGAAGUACCUGCUUUCCAAAUUUAGAUAUUUCAUACAUCGUUUUUUUUUGUUUUUUCCAAGUCAUCUCUAAUAAAAGUCAAUGUAUUCCGUUA